AUGUACCAAAAGCAGACUGCUCAUUCACCAAAAUCCUUUCUCCUGAAGUGCAAGGAUACACAAUUGAGUUCGAAAGAAGACAAAGACGACUCUGAUGCCGACGAAGAAGAUGAUUCCUCCACACCAAUGAGUCUGGUACGACCCAAAUUUUUCACCUUCUUCUUAUGGAACUUGAUGUACCAAAAGCAGACUGCUCAUUCACCAAAAUCCUUUCUCCUGAAGUGCAAGGAUACACAAUUGAGUUCGAAAGAAGACAAAGACGACUCUGAUGCCGACGAAGAAGAUGAUUCCUCCACACCAAUGAGUCUGUGCAAGGAUACACAAUUGAGUUCGAAAGAAGACAAAGACGACUCUGAUGCCGACGAAGAAGAUGAUUCCUCCACACCAAUGAGUCUGUGCAAGGAUACACAAUUGAGUUCGAAAGAAGACAAAGACGACUCUGAUGCCGACGAAGAAGAUGAUUCCUCCACACCAAUGAGUCUGGUACGACCCAAAGUAUAA